AUGUUUCAUAUAGGCAUGAUUUCUGCCGCCUCAGUCGUGCCUGCAUUGCUGUAUAUUAAGGAUGGCAAUGAAUUGGUACCGGCCAAUUUGAUCAAACAGGCCUUGGAGUCCAAUCCGACCGGAGCCCCGAAGGAGUUCGUCCACGCACAAGUACAAAGCAUUGCACCCGUGCCGAAGCGAAAUAGAUAUGAACUGGAAUAUCUGGCCCACGGUCAGAAACGAUCCAAGCGAGAAGAAUUCGAUUAUGUGAUCUUGGCUGCUCCACUGCAUCAAGAAGCUACCAUUGAAGGCAAAAGUACUCUUGCACUACCCAAGUAUGCCUAUCAGCGCGUGGAUCACAGCUUUUUCCUCGGAGUGUUGAAGGAUGCAGCAAUCGGUCUGAAGUCCAAUUCCUAUAUACCAAAACAGGAAGUGGCUAUCCUGCCUACAAAGCGCGCCUACUUGGAGGAUCCAGAAUGCCUGUUUCGUAGUUUCAUUUCUCCUCCCGAGAGAGAUCUGCCUUCUGAUCGCGUUUGGUUGGCUUUCUCUGAGCCUCAUCGUGUCCCCGAUCCGAUCCGUGCUCUAUCUGAAAAAUAUCUCCAACUCGCCCCGAUCACUGAAAGCUUGAGUGGUCCACCGGAGAAGAAUGCAUUGGUUACCAAGUGGCUUGCUUAUCCAACAUAUAAACCAGUAUCACAAAGAGUGGCGACUUUCCGCAUGAUGCAAAUAGCUUAUAUUUCCUCUGCCAGUGGUCAUUUAUCCGGUGUGUUUGUGUUACAGGAGGAUCCUGUGAAGGAGCUGGGCCAGUUUGUGCUUGCGCCGCGUCUGUACUAUGCCAACGCCAUCGAACAAGCAGCUUCGUGUAUGGAGAUGGCAGCGAUUGGCGGGCGGAAUGUGGCCCUACUCGUAGCCGCCGACAGACAGAAAGCAAAGAAAACUUCCGGUCAAGAAGCCGCCGGAGAUGACAAGCCGAUCUUGGUGGAUCAUUUUAGCAUCCCUAAACUAUCGAAGCUGUGA